UUUUUAAUAAUAUGAAUUAAUUAUUUAAUUCCAGGACUAUCACGCGUUUUCAAAAAUCUCCAAAUGUGUGACUCGGUCGGCCUGCCGCAGGCCGAUCGGCCUGUAGUAGACCGAUAGGGUGCCGGCCGCCGCUGGCUUGUCAGACAACAGGCCUGGUUGGUCAGCUACAAGCCGAUCGGCCUAAUAGAAACUAGUUGGUCAGCUAUCGACCGACCGGGCUAGGAAUAUUUGCAUGGUUACGUUUAGGAUUAGUUUAGGGCUCCUCCCACCUCUUCCGCAAAUAUUUUCCCGCACAUAACUCCUCCCACCUCUUUGGCAAAUAUUUUCCCACACAUAUCUCCCGCUUACGGCACACUCGGUAAAAAAAUUCCCGCCCGUAUCUCCCGUCACUAUCUCCCGCCACCACUCUUUUCUCCCGCCAUAUGUUCCCGCCUCGUUCUCGGAUUUUUUAAUAAAGUACAACAUAGUGGAAGAGGAGUUGGCACCCCUUCCCUUACAGUACAACAUAGUGGAAGAGGUGGGCAGGCAGCCGACAGCUCCUGUCGGGCAGUUGCUGACCAAUCGGUCGGUAGCGACCCGACCUCAACAUGGCCUUACCUGCCCGCCCGCAGACGCGUCGCCCCGGCCUCUUCUUUCCUCUUCCUCCUUUCUCCUCCCUCUCUUCCCUGUUCGACGGGAGCAUGAAGAACAGCUCGAAAAAACACUCUGUUUUUCUCAGAUUUCCACUGAUUUAGCCACCAAAACUUCACCAUUUUGUUGCUAUUAGUUGAGGGAAGCCUGAUCUACAGAUGGUUAGGGUUUGGAGACAAUUGGUGGUGCUGUUUAGCAGCAAUGGUGAUGAAGUGGUGGAGGUUGGUGGUGGUGUAAGGGGCUCAGCUGCUGCUGCGGGUUGGUGCUGGUGCUGAGCUGCUGCGUGUUGUUCGUGCUGCUACAAUUGGAGAGGCUGCUCACGCCACAAGGGUAAACCCUAAUCCAAUUGGAUAGCACCUCUCCCUGCCUACGUCCACAAGUACAACAGGAAGGGUACUAACCACUCCUCGACAUGGUGGCUUCAGCGCGUUGGCUCGUAUGUUGCUGAGUGGGAUGGUGCGACAACACACGUCUGGCCGAACGAUGAGCAGUUUGAUCCACAGGAGUUUGACGCAUAUCUGCAGAGGUACACUGCAGCCACGCGAGUGCGCCUCAUCCCGCCGACUGAUCCAGCCGAGGCGCCUCAUGCGUCUAUGCACGAUAUGUACCCGACUCAGUCCACAGCCGGCGGUCGACAGCACGCGGGUCAGCUGACUGCAGACUUACAGGAUGAAGGACAAGCUACGCGGGAUCUACUCGGCUAUCACGUGCAGCCGUAGUUCCGAUGUCGUUCGGCGCCACCUCCUUCCACCGCGGCCCUCCACACAGCAGCAGCGACGACCACGUCUCACACCGACGGCGACACUCAGACCACCACCUCCUGACCGGGCAGGAGGUUCGUCGUGGCAGCACCACACUCCUUCCGUCGACGACUUUCAGUACCAGCAGCGCGGUAUGUUCGGUGACUAUCAGCAGCAAGCUGCUUUCGACGAGUGGCAGCAGCAGCAGGCCCCUUUCAUGGGAGGAGCAGGAUACACGCAGGGAUACACGCAGCACACUGCGUCCAAUCCUUCAUGGGGAGCUAGUGAUCAGGAUCCUGAGCACAUGGACUAUUACAGCACGCAGCAGAACUAUGUCGGUAUGCAGACUCCUCCACCAGAGCCCACACAGGAGACGCAGUACGACCCCGAGUCCGGGUCCUGGAUCCCUGCUCGCAUAACCAGGGCCCCGGACAGGUUUGGUUGGACACCCCGUGCUACGCCAGCCCCACGAAACCCCAGACGCCGUCCAUAGUCUCAGACAUUUAUGUAUCUAUGUAUCAGGCAUUUAUGUAUGCAUCACCUAUGUAUCAGACAUUAUGUAUGAACUAUGUAUCAGUAUGUUGUAACGUUUAAAAAUGGCGCCAUAAGUGUCUUCAGCUAACCCUAAGCG